CUAAAGAUUAACCACUCCAAUAAUGCCAUAGUGAAGCCUCCAGAGCUCACACCUCAAGCUGCGGCCAAAGAGCUGGAGGAUGUGAUGAAGAAAGUCAGAGAGGCUCAGUCAACCAUCGCUGCUUCUAUCGAGCCAGAUGAUAAAAUUGGUUCAUCCAGUAGAUCUAGACGUUCCAGAAGGUCCAGAUCUCACUCUCGCUCCCCAUCACACUCACGAAGAAAGCGAUCUAGAUCCAGGCACAGGGGACGCCUGUCACAGAGACCACGGCAGAGUGUGAAUGACUCCCGUGGGCCCCAUAGGAGACGCUCAUGUUCCCGAGAAAGGAAACACAGCCGGAGUCUAUCUCAUUCUAGGGACCAAAGGAAGGACAAGGACAGCAAAGCAAGGAAGGACGAUGAUUGGGAAGAAACAAGGCCACGGGACAAAAAGGGAAGGAUGCCUCCCAAAGGCUACAGUGGCUCUAGAUGUUCCCACAGUAUAAGCAGGUCAGAAGAAAGUGUCCGUAUUAAACCUGCAACAGACUUUGCAUGUUUAAAAAUGGAGAGGUGCUACGAGGAGGUGGACCACGAGUAUGACAGUGACAUGGAUGGGUCGGGCUCUGUGGGUAGUGAUGACAGAUCUCCUCAAGCUCAUCUCAACGGCAGCUAUAGGAGCACUUACACCGAGGAGGAUGAUCUCUCUGCAGCUGAGUGA